UAAAACAAAAUAAUAUAAUAAAAAAAAAGUUAAGUUAUAUAUAUAUAUAACAUUUAUAACACACAUACACAAAUUGUAUAAAAAAUAAGGAGAAAGAAAAGAAAAUUCAAAAGAAGGUAUAUAAAUCUCCUUGAAGCAAAAAAAAGUACAAAAUUCUGUUACAUCGGUUUUGUUAAGAGAUAAACAAGUGUGUCAGUUACUGUUAAAAAAAAUAAAUUGUUAAACUGUUGACAUUUAAAAAUUGAGUUUAUCAAGAGUUUGUUGUGUUUUUGUGAAAAAAAUAAAAUAAUUAUUAAAAAAAAUAAAAAUAUUAUUUAAACUUGCCUUAUUUUGAGUGGAAAAGAAAAUUAAUAAAAAAAAAUAAAUUACAAAAAAGGCAAAUUACACAAAUUCAUCACAUUAAAAAAAGGCAAUGUGAAAAUAAACAUCGCCCGAAAGCAUUUUCAGACAACUCUACAGAGAGAGAGAGAAAAGAAGAUUAAACAAGAUACGUCAACCACAACUCUUUUUGUACAUAUUCAAAAUUGCAAAACACAGUGAGGAAGCAUCAUGGUGAGUGCAAUCGUGAUUGGUCUCCUCGUGACACUCGGUGUCAUUGUAUCAAUUGCACUGUUAAUGGUUGGUGCGUACUUUUGGUGGCGCCACAAACGAUCGCAGCUAGAGUUCAUAGAGCCGUGCGACGAAGAGGAAUCAAGCAAUGGAAGUAUGAGACUCCAACAGUGCCAAACAUCUGUCGAUACAGCACAGAGCGAAACGCCACAAGCAUCCGCCAAAUCAAGCACACAACAGCUCCUGAAUCAAUCGCAUCAGCAGCAGCAACAACAGCAACAAAGCAACCAGCAAGCCAACAACAUAAAUCGUAAACUAAAUGGUUUUCUAAACUUCAAAACGCCACUAAUUGGAGGAACUGUUGCAAGCCCACAAACAAAGUCACCGGGUGGAUCCAGUAGCGGCGUCGACGGCACAAAUGCCAACAAAGACCAUCCUUCGAAUCGAAGCAUAUCGAUGGUCGAUAUGUACAUUGAUAACUCGGAUCCGAGCGAAAAUGUUGGCCAAAUACACUUUUCGCUGGAGUACGACUUCCAAAAUACAACACUCAUACUGAAAAUUAUCCAAGGAAAAGAGUUGCCAGCGAAGGAUUUGAGCGGAACAUCGGAUCCGUAUGUUAGAGUUACGUUGUUGCCCGACAAGAAGCAUCGAUUGGAAACCAAAAUUAAAAGGCGCACGCUGAAUCCCCGAUGGAACGAAACGUUCUACUUCGAGGGAUUUCCCAUUCAAAAGUUACAAUCAAGGGUGCUUCACUUACACGUAUUCGAUUACGACAGAUUUUCCAGAGAUGACUCGAUUGGUGAAGUAUUUCUGCCAUUGUGUCAGGUGGACUUUAGCGGUAAACCGUCGUUCUGGAAAGCAUUAAAACCACCUGCUAAAGACAAAUGCGGUGAUUUGCUUAUAUCACUCUGCUAUCAUCCAUCAAAUUCGAUAUUGACGUUGUCACUAAUUAAAGCUAGAAAUUUAAAAGCCAAAGAUAUCAAUGGAAAAUCAGAUCCGUAUUGCAAGGUUUGGCUAACAUUCGGCGACAAGCGAGUGGAAAAACGAAAAACUCCCAUCUACAAGUGCACACUAAAUCCAGUGUUUAAUGCAUCGUUCAGCUAUAACGUACCGUGGGAGAAAAUACGUGAAUGCUCGCUGGAUAUCAUGGUGAUGGAUUUCGAUAAUAUCGGUCGAAAUGAACUGAUUGGUAGGAUAUUGUUAGCUGGUAAAAAUGGAUCUGGACCAUCGGAAGCGAAACACUGGCAAGAUAUGAUAUCAAAGCCACGACAAACCAUUGUGCAAUGGCAUCGACUUAAGCCUGAGUAA